GGGCGGGCUGAGGCCCCUUAGUCCCUGGGGCCUGCGGGAAUCCGGGCCCCGCCCGUGGCCUCGCGCUGGGCACGGUCCUCACGCCGGCGUCCCCGGGAGCCUCGGGCCCGGCGCCCUCACAACCAGGCGCGUCUGGGCGGAGGCGGCCGCGGCCGCGGCCACGGCACGCCCGGGCACCCCCGAUUCAGCAUCACAGGUCGCGGACCAGGCCGGGGGCCUCAGCCCCAGGGCCUUUCCCCUCUCCGGGUCUCCCGCGCCGCCUCUCGACCCCUUCCUGUGGCUCAGCCCCUGCUUCCCAGGAGCCCCUCUGUCUUCUCCAGCUUUCUGUGGCUGAAAGAUGCCCCCGGUUCCCCGCCGGAGGCGCGGGGCGCUGCCCGGGUCUGCCCUCCCCUUGGCGGCGCUUAGCACGCAGUAGGCGCUCAGCAAAUACUUGUCAGAGGCACCAGCGCCGCGGGGCCUGCAGGCUGGCACUGGCCUGCCCGGGCACGCCGUGGCGCGCUCCGCCGUGGCCAGACCUGUUUAGGAGGACGGUAACCUCAGCCCUCGGGCGCCUCCCUUUAGUCUUUCUGCCGACCCAGCAGCUUCUAAUUUGGUUGAGAGCGCUCAGCUGUCAGCCCUGCCUUUGGAGGCUGGCUCCCUUUUCCCCUCACUGGGUCCUUAACAGCAAGUGGGGGCGAGGCGACAGCCCUCCCCCGCGCUGGUUUGCAGCUGCACAGGUAGGCACGGUGCAGUCUUUGCUGCCUGGCGUUGGGAUCCAGGGCCCGCUAUGGGUUUGCUCUUCAGAUGGCUCUGCCAGCAGCUGCCCUGUGGGGCCUGGGCCUGGCUGAGCAGGGCCGUCCUUGGCAGGUGGGGUAGGAGACCCUGUAGGACCCCGGGCCGCAGGCCCCUGAGGAGCAAUGACGGAAUAUAAGCUCGUGGUGGUGGGCGCCGGCGGUGUGGGCAAGAGUGCGCUGACCAUCCAGCUGAUCCAGAACCACUUCGUGGACGAAUACGACCCCACGAUAGAGGACUCCUAUCGGAAGCAGGUGGUCAUUGAUGGGGAGACAUGCCUGUUGGACAUCCUGGACACGGCCGGCCAAGAGGAGUACAGCGCCAUGCGGGACCAGUACAUGCGCACGGGGGAAGGCUUCCUGUGUGUGUUUGCCAUCAACAACACCAAGUCCUUUGAGGACAUCCACCAGUACAGGGAGCAGAUCAAGCGGGUGAAGGACUCAGACGACGUGCCCAUGGUGCUGGUGGGGAACAAGUGUGACCUGGCUGCACGCACUGUGGAGUCUCGGCAGGCUCAGGACCUCGCCCGAAGCUAUGGUAUCCCUUACAUCGAGACCUCGGCCAAGACCCGACAGGGAGUGGAGGAUGCCUUCUACACGUUGGUGCGUGAGAUUCGGCAGCAUAAGCUGCGGAAGCUGAACCCUCCUGAUGAGAGUGGCCCCGGCUGCAUGAGCUGCAAGUGUGUGCUCUCCUGACGCAGCACAAGCUCAGGACGUGGAGGUGCCGGAUGCAGGGAGGAGGUGCAGACGGAAGGAGGAGGAAGGAAGGAAGGAAGGGCUGCUGGAGCCCAGCCACCCAGGGACCAUGGGCCGAAGUGACCGCAGACCCUCCCAGGGAUGCUUUGCACAGACUGUCUUGAGCGUCCCAAAUGCCACCGGAACCCCAGCCCUUAGCUCCCUUCCCAGGCCUCUGUGGGCCCUUGUCAGGCGCAGAUGGGAUUGCAGUAAAUUAUUGGAUGGUCUUGA